AUGGACGAUAAUUUAGUUGGGGUUAUGCAAGGAAUGUCUCUACAGGAUGAUGUACCGAUCGUUUUACCUGAGGAGGAUGAUUACAGUGCUGUGGAGAGAAGAAGCCGAAGCUUAUUGGGUCGAUUGCUUAAUUCAGCUUCCCAAAACAUGUCGCGAAUGCUGCGCACGAUGACGAAGAUUUGGAAGGUGUAUGAAACUGUCUUAAAGUAUGGCUUCUGGUCCUUUGAUGAUUGGGGCAUGGUGAUGGAGAGAUGGGUUGAGUUUCCACCAAGCAACUUUCUGCAAUCGGCGGCGGUUUGGAUCAGGAUCCGCAAUAUUCCAGUUAACUACCUUACCAUCAAGACUAUUGACUCGGUGGCCGGAGCAAUUGGUUAUGUGAAGGAUAGUGAUUGGAACCCCUAA